AUGGCAGGGUUCCAAUCACGGGUCGCCAUUGCUGGCCAGUUCUCUCUGGCGUCAGCUUUCCGUUCCCUUUCCUUAUCCAUUCCGAAGCGCUCCUUCUCUACAACCCCGGCACAACAGACCACCCAGCAACUCCCAGCACACGUCCCGCCCUACCCUUAUGGCCCAAGACAGUGGUACAAACAGGCGGAUACCGGUCUCUACGGAGGUGCUAGCAUUCGCUUCGGUAACAAGAUCUCCAAGGGCCGCAAUCAAGGAAAGACACGACGAAGCUGGAAACCCAACGUACGCCGGAAGAAGUUGCGAAGUGAUGCGCUCGACCAAGAUCUGUUCAUCAAGGUGACUCACCGCGCACUACGAACUAUUGAGAAGGAAGGCGGUUUGGACAACUACCUCCUGAGUGACCGACCAAGCCGCAUCAAGGAACUUGGCAUAUUCGGCUGGCACCUUCGGUGGCAGGUGAUGCAGACACCUUCAAUCCAAGAGCGAUUCAGAGAAGAGCGCAAAAAGUUAGGCAUCCCCGAACCUCUUUCAAUGGAGGAAUGGCUCAAGAGCAAAGAGGAUGAGAUCAACGCGACAGUUGAGGAGAGGCUCAAUAUCAAGGAUAUCACAAAGCCCCGUCUGAAGGGUCGUGCCGAUCCCUCUCGCUUUGCCCAGAAAAAGAAGCCUACUUAUCAAUUGGGGACGCACCAGCUGGCUGAGCUUGAGAUGGCGGCUCAGGAGCAAGCCGAACGGGAGCGGGAGGAUCGAGAAUUUGAAGAGCUAGAGCGUGAGGCACAUGAGCUGGAGCAGGCUGAGCGAGGACAGCCUGAAUCAAAGCCUACCAAGCAAGUCUAG